AUGAAUGAGGAUGAUCCCCAGAAGCAGAAAGUAGCAGACAUAGGGGAAACAAGCAAAGAAACUGAGAUACAGGGAAACAGACCUAUUGCAGGCUACUGGAGUGUCCAGGAAUCAAUCGAUAGAGUACUCAAAAAAGAGGGACUCUCACCAAGGAGCUAUACAAAAAAAAAAGGCUUAUGUGACAAAGAAUGUUCAAGUUCCAGCGGUAGAAUAUCAAGCAGGCCAAACCAGGAGAAAGGGCUGAUUUUAGAUUCACCAAUUUCUAAGCCGUCCUUCAGCCCCUUAUCGAGUCAGACAAGACACUUGCUGAAAACACAGGCAAAGUUAAAGUGCGCUGUCUCUAUCACAGAAGUGGAUGCACAUAGGAAGGUCCCUUGUCUGAAUGCACUUCCCAUUGUUCUGGAUGUUCCUUUGGGAAUUCUCCUGUUAUAUGCAAUAGAUGUGGAGUCCAGAUUGUGCGUCGACAAGUGCAUGAACAUGCUCAGAGUUGUCCUGGUAUAUAUCCUGCACAACAGGCAGCUAAUGGUGCCCAAGAUAAUCCUAGCUUUGGAGCAGCCACCAGUGGUGCUGGUGAUGACUCAAAUCAGACUACAACUCAUUCAAGAACUCCAGCUUCUCAAACACCAAAUCCUCAAAGCACUGCUGCUUCCCCACUUCAUGGACAAGAUCCGAAUCAGCAGACAAGUGCCAGCUCUCAGGCUCCUGCUACAGCUUCAGCUGGUGUGCCUACUUCAGAUCAGUGGUAUCAGCAACCAGUGGCGGAUCUAGUAUUUUUAAGUCAUGGGUGCUGAAAUAUUAUUUAUCUGAAAAUUACUAUUACGACUGGGUGCUCAAGUUAUAUAUUUGUAAGAAUUACUAGCUUUUUAUAUAAAUCAUAGUUCAUCACUCCAAAAGUAAUGGGUGCUUGAGCACCCAUAACCAUCAAUGUACAUCCGCCACUGCCAGCAACAAUAUCAACAGUAUUUUCAGCAAUAUGCUGGAUAUGAUCAUUAUCAACAGCAAAAUUAUCAACAAUACUAUCCCUAUCAGCAACAACCCGUCCAACAAUAUUAGCAACAACCUCCAAUUUACAUGCAUCCACCAGCACAACCCCAGACCCCAAUCCCAGGACAGCCUCGAUCCCAGCCCCAGCCGCAACCAUUGAAUCUCAACCUCAACCUCAAAUGCAAGCUCUACCUAAAGGGCCAACUUAACCACAAGUUCAAGCUAUGGCUCAGCAACAUCAAAACCAGGUUCAAGUCAACUCACAACAGCAGUUUCCACCUACUGGGCAUUCUCAUACCCAAAUUCCAUCACAAAUAUUUCCAGCUUUUCAUGCUCAGCCACCUACUCAGCCUCCGCCAUAUCCUCAGCCCUAUCCGAUGCAACCUCAUUCACAACACCAUGUACAGGUGCCACAGUAUCAGCAGCAUCCUGCCCAGGUUCACCCUCCCCAGUCUUCUCAAGCCCAACCGCAGCUGUUUGUGCAUCAACCUCAUUCACAACUUCAACCGCAGAUAAGUGUUCAACCUCAUCAACAAUCUCAUGGCUAAUUGCGCCCCCCUCAGGCUGGCCAACCUGCUCAUGGACAGACUCAAACCCUCCAUUCAACAGCCAAUGCUGUUUCAGGGUACAAUUCCUAUCCACAGCCCCAGCCCAUACAGCAAAUGCCUAUAGGGUUUACACAGCAAACACCAAUACGUCCACAUCCUACUAGUGGGCUUAUUCCUCCAACUCAAUCUCAUAGUCAGGUUCCUCAACAACCUCCUUUGCGCACCAAUAAGCAAUGGGGCUUGGUACCUUCUCAAGGUCCAACUCCUGCACAGUCUCAACUUUAUCCUGCUCUACAAGCAGGGCAUUUAAUCAGCAACAUCCUAUUCAGCCUAAUCAACAACCAAUGUCUCAGCAAUACAGUCAACAGCAGGCAUUUCCUGGUCCAUUGCAGAGUCAGACACACCAACAGGGUCAUCAUACUCACCAGCAGCCUUUGCAGUCUCAGUUUCGCCCGCAAGGUCUUCCAGUCUUUCAAAGUAUAUCUAUGACAUUUUAUUUCAAGAAUUGAAAUAGUAAUCAAGAUGAAACUUCGGUUGUUUGUAUGGAAUUAACCGCUGUUUGAAAAAAGCUUAUUCUCAUAUCGUUCUUGAAUCGGACUUA